UCUUCGUUCCCAUUUCCAUUGGGAUUAAUAUACUAUGCUAGCCUCUUAUAGAAAACAGCGACUUGACCUGUAUAACUCUUUCUGAAACUCGCGCGAGAAAAGCAAGGAAGUCGCGUCAAUAUAACAAAGGAUUUUCGGCUUUCUUCGCUUCGACACGUCUUCGGCCGACAGAUCUAAUCUCAGGUCCCUAGCGAUUUUUAUCUGAUAAAAAAGUGGUGCCAGGGGAGUUCAGAAGUGGGGAACACGAAGGCAGAUGGCGAGCGAGGCAGCCAUCCUACUCGGAUUGUAGUGGCGAUGCGUACCCUUGAAAAUAGUAUGACCGUCACCAUAGACCGACCUCCUCCCAACGAGGGGCAACCUCUUCCCGUCGACCUCGCCCUUCGCAUCGCGGCUUUUCUUUUUGGAAGCGGAGCACACUCUACCCUCGCGGCCCUCCACAGAUGCUCGAAAGAUUAUUACUUUGCUCUCAGCCCUAUCGUCUACCGCAAAGUAUCUUUCAAGCCCAAGAAGACUUACGCUCUGUUCUUCUUGGGCGACGAUUUUCUUUUAUCUCCAGACUCGUUGGGGAAGCAGGUCGACAACGCAGUCGCGUCUGAAACCAUUUUCAGCGCUGAGCGUGCAGUUCUCCGUCGUAUCCUGGCUCUCCAACACGUUCGCCAUCUUUCUAUUCACUCCCUUCCUGCAGACUCCUCCCCCCUGACCAAAGCGUUUACAUCUGCAGUCAAUGCUUACUCUCCCAACUACCUCAUCUUACCUUCCCUCCAAUCCGUCCAGCUAUUGCCCCCGGUCGCUGAUGAGAUCCGUACCUACAUCCCAGAGACAUACGACCGACCCCAUAACCCAGCUUUCCUCGAAUCCCUCAUCUCCACCUCUCGACCUACCAAGCUCUGCCUCUCCUAUCCAGUCGUGCCUUCCCAGUCAUGGGACGAGCACUUGGAACUCACGACAAUCAAACAGUACCAGCUUGUGGCGCGUAUGAACCGUCUGAUCGACGAUGGAUGGUCCUCGCUAGAGACGUUUUGCGUGCAUGAUAUCGUGCAUCAGGUGCUUCCUUCUUUAAAGGGGUGUAAAAAUGUUUACCACUUUUCAUCACAUUGUAUCCUUACGGGUGAAAUUGGGAGGGUCGAGGGUGGGGAAAGAGAAGGAGGAGGAGCGGUGUUCGUCAAUCCAGGUAAAUCAUCGACAGGGAUUCCAGGGCCUAAAUGGAACUUCCGAAGCUGGCAAAUUGGUACAGCUGUGAAAAAUCUCUUCCCCUCAGGCGCGAAUGCUGGUGCCAUCCUUGAAAACACGUCUUGGGUGUUCGUGAACCACAAGGGUCACAUUCUUACCAAGCUAGAGAAUGACGAUGACGAUGAUACUGGCGUAGGGUAUAUGGAAGUCGGGAGAUUGAUCGAUGAUGCGAUUAAAGGAGGGUUGCCUCAGGAUUUGAUUGGCAGAGCGGGGUUCAAGAGAGAGUUGGCAGAUGAGGUCUUAGAGAAAAUGAAAUUUACCCCGGGUGAAAUGCAAUGUGUCUCUUGCGGCCGUAUCGGUCAUAAAGGCGCCACAAUUGCUAAACUACAAGAUAUCUUAUGACAUUGCCAGGAGUGUGGGCAACGCCACACAGGGACAACGACUGUGGAAUGCCCAUACUCCAGGCCGGUUUUGAGCGCGUGGAAGACAAGAGUUUGGCCGAUGGAGAUUAACUUGGUACCGCGGCCGAGGUUCGCAAAGGACGUCUAUUGAGCAAGAUUAGGAUGAUGGGGAUAUGGUAUUGUGUAGAUUUUUGAAGGCUAUUUAUGUGUAGAUUUGUAGAAGCUAGAACAAUACCACUCUAUCAUGGUAUCUCAACAUGAAAAACAAGAAGGAAC